CUCAUUCAGUCCAUCACAAGAGGCGCAGAAAAUAUUUAAAGCCAAACACGGAAUGGACGCCGAAGUGACCAAAUCUAAGUUAUUAGGCUUUGGGUUUGAAUUAUUAGAGAAUGUGGACCCGAAUCCUGAGAACUUUGUGUGCGCGGGUAUUGUGCACAGUAAGGCUGUUCAGGUCGGCGUUCUCCUCAGACUCGAGCCCAAUAUGCCGGCGCAAUGUAUCGAUUGACGAUUAGGUCGAGCAAAGACACGGUUUCCCAACG